AUGGACUUAGAAUUAAUGUUUUGGGAAAAAUAUCUUGAUAAUCAAAAUGAAGUAACUUGGGAUGAAUUUUGUUUUUAUUUUACAUAGUUUAUAAAAUUACAAGAAGAAAUAGAGAUGGAUUAAGAUUAAUUGUUAUUCAUAAAAUCUAAAAUAGAUCCAGAUUAUAGAAAUAUCAUAAGGAGAGCCGAUUAUGUAAUAUUUUUAGAGACAGUAUUACAAUCUUAUAUUCGUCUUAGUAUUGGAAAUCUUAAAAGGAGAAAUAAAACUUAUUGUAACACUAAUUUUAAUUAAAAACAUUUCCAAUACCAAAAUAAACAUUAAGACAUGUUAAUUUAAAAGUACUUUAUAUAGCAGAUGGUUGUCCUACUUAAUUUAAAGAUAUUUAAAUAACAAGAACUACUUAGAAUAAUAUACCUUUGAAAUAGGAAGAACUUUUUACUUUGGGUUAUGCAAAAGAAUGCGAUUUAUAAAUAAAUAACGAUAGAUAGGUAAAUCCUAUUCACGUAAAGAUAAUAUGGACUCCAUAUAAUGUUUAUUUGAUUAAAGAUCAUGCAAGAUCAUUUAGAGCUUGUUAACGUAUACAUUAACAACUAAUUCUUGAUGCUUUGAUGAUUAUUAAGUUAAAUCAAGAUGCUUAUUUUAAAAUUAAAUUUAUUUAACCUAUGCCUAAGAUCCUUAGUCAAAUUUCUACAUAUGAAGAUAAUAGGGAUAUCCCUAUAACAGAUUUAGUUAAAUCUCUAUAAUUAUAUAAAUCAGUCCAGGAUUAUAGAGAUAAAUAAAAAUAGUCGAAUUUUAAUGAUGAUACACCUUUUCUUAUAAUAGAAUUCAUUGAAGGAGUUCUAAAAGGAAAGGAAUUUCUUCUAAAAGCUGAUUAGGAAUAUAUGUUAGGAUAAGGAAAGAAUUGUUCUAUAAUUAUUCCUGAUCAAAGUUUAUAAAGGGAGCAUUGUAAAAUAUUCUUUAAAAAUAAUUAAUGGCUAAUCUAACCAAAAGAAUCUUAAUAUUUAGAUCCUACUUUAUUUGGAACUUUUGCAUUAUUAGCUAAUUCAUAUCAAUAUGAUCACUAUAUGCCAAGCAAAUGCCAAGUAUUACAUGAUGGAAUGAGAAUAGUAGUAGGACCUAUUCUUUUUCUAGUUCAAUAUUUCAGUUGA